AUGCAGGUCUCGACAGUUGGGAGGUCGGGCGAAGGUCCGGAGAAUGGGACAAAGCCGUCCUUACCAUCCGUGGGCAGCGGCACAGCGCUGGCUGGAAAAGCCAGCCCAGCAGGCUCUGGUGCCGCGCCCGGGCCACUGCCUACGCCUGCAGGCGCGUCGGCCGUGCCUGCCGUGCCGGGUGUGCCUGCCACACCCUCAGCAGCGCCUGCGGCGUCAGCUGCGGGUGGUAGCUCAGCAGCGCUGUCGGUGAGGGAGAGUUUCGAAGCCACGGCUGGAAGCUUGCAGCGCUUGGUGGCCGAAUGCAACACCAAGCAGGAGGCCACCAAGUCCUUGAACACGGUGGCCAUGAUCUUGACGAACUUCCUGAAAGAUCCCAACUCGGAGCGAAACCGGAAGGUGAACACUUCUGGAGCUCGGUUUAGCGAGAUUUUUCGAAACAACAGCGCAGCUGGUGAGCUUCUUAAGCUGGCGGGCUUUCAGUAUCAACAUCCAAACUUUGUCUAUGGGAAUGAGAACGGGAUCAAUACCGAUGGAGCUCAACGCACCCUGGACUUGGUCCAAGAAGCACAAAGGAACAUUGACCAAACCUGGUCAAACCGUGCUGCUGCCAGCAGUUCUCCUGCCACACCUGCCACGGCAAGUGCUGCCACAGUGAACCCUGUCACACCAGCUGCGGCUUCUACCGCCGCUUCUGCCUCGAACCCUGAAGCUGCCCGACCCUGGGCCCGCACCCAGCCGCCUCCCGGUGCGCCUGCCGCGUGGGUGAGCAUGACACGAGACAUCAAUGAGGAUCCCCCCACCGCGCCGCUCGCCGCGGCGACUCCGGCACACCCGGCAGAGACGCUGCCGCCAGCGAUCGCGCAUCCGGCGGAGUCGGAAGCACGCCCGGCGGCGCCACAGGUGGCACCGCAGCCGCAGGUUCAGGCGCCACAGCCGAGCCAGCCUCAGAUGCACCUGCCAAUUGCACACCCAGCUGAGGCAGCCCCAGUCGCUCCCGAGCAGCUCACCGCCGCACACCCUGCAGAGGGCCCCUUACCGGGUCCCGCGGAGGAGGAGGAGCCGCAGGAGCCACAGGAGCCGCAGAGUGGGGGCUGA